AUGGAUGACUUCUUCUCCAAGCCUAUGAAGCUGGUCACGCUGGCGGCGGCUGGUGAUGCCUUCAUCUUGGCUGCUGUCUGGCGCAAAUGGGGUCCCACAAUCUCGUACACGCCCGCCUUCCUCAAGGAUAGCUACCUCAACAGCUACCUUGUAUUCUUCUGGGCUUCGUGGUGGUUGCACUUUUGGGGCUGGCUUUGGUACCGCUUGAUACUGAAGCCCAAGUAUCUUUCCAAGAUGCGACACCUGCCUGAGCCUACCGAAGGCAGAAGUUGGUGGUUUGGGUACGGUGGCCGCACCUUUAGCGAGGGUAAUGGAGCUGGUCCAGCGGAGUGGUCCCGCACGCUGAAACACGAUGGUGUCUUUCGUUUUCUGGGUCUGUUCAACUGCGAGCGUGUCGUCGUCGCUGCUCCAGAGGGUCUGGCCGAAGUCCUGACGCGGGUGAGCGACUUUAUCCAGCCCAUUCACCUGUCGUUCAUCGCGCAGUCAAUCCUCGGACCCGGUGUCGUGCUGGUGAACGGGGAAGAGCACAAGCGCCAGCGCCGCCUCUUGCUCCCAUCCUUCGCUAUGAAGCAUAUCCGGGCCCAGCAACCUAUCUACUGGUCCAAAGCAGUCGAGGCAACCGAAAAACUCAUGAACUUCACCGCCAGCACAGCCAACACACAAUCUGACGGAUACAGUGACAAGACAGAGAUCGGCGAGUUGGCAGGCUUCACUGCUCUGGACGUCAUCUCCAAGGCAGCGCUUGGCGUCGACUUUGAGGCUAUCGCCAAUCCCGACUCACACCUCAUCCAGAACUAUCGCACUGUCUUCGAGCCCACGCGCAUGUUUCAGAUCUUGAGCGUCCUCAAGUUUAUCAUCCCACCAAACAUUGUCAAUCGCAUUCCAAUGAAGCACAACACCGAGGUGCGUAACGCGGCCCGCGUGGUUCGGGAAGUGUGUCGGGCCACGCUGCGUGAGAAGCGCGACAGGUACAAGCGCGGCGACCUGCACGACUCGGACAUUGUGUCGGCGCUGAUCCGCGACCGCAACAAGGAGCUCGAGGAGGACGACGUGGUGACCCAGAUGAUGACGAUGCUGGGCGCAGGCCACGAGACCGUCUCGGUGGCCAUGACGUGGGCCAUGUACGAGCUGUGCAGGCACCCGGAGUGGCAGGAGAAGCUGCGUGCCGAGGUGAGGGCGAAGCUGCCCUCGCCGAGGGCCACCGGCGCAGUCCCGUUAGCCGAGGCCCUCGAGAUCGAGAACAUGCCCCUCCUCAACGCCUUCUGCCACGAGGUCAUCCGCUACUGGCCGCCGAUUCCCAUGAUCAUGCGCACGGCGGCGGUGGACACGACCAUCAUGGGCCACUUUGUCGCCGCCACUACGAAGGUUAUCCUCUCCGUCACGGGCACGAACCGCAACCCGGACCUGUGGGGCCCUGACGGGCCUAGCUUCAACCCGAACCGCUUCUACGACGAGGGGAACGACAGGUACGACUCCACGGGCGGCGCCAGCACAAAGUACGCGCACCUGUCGUUCAUCCACGGCGGGCGUGACUGCCUGGGCCGCAACUUCGCCAAGGCCGAGAUGCUGACCGUCGUCGCGUGCUGGGUCGGCCGCUUCCAGUGGGAGCUGGCUGACCCGCGCGACAUGGACGAGAGCAGGGUGCCGCUCUCUGGUGGGAGCUUCUCCAGCAAGCCGCUGCACGGGGUGUGGUGCAAGGCCAAGGUUGUUCCUGGGUGGUGA